AAAGCGAGAGUAAUGAUGGAAUCAGCCAGUCAAGUUGGUUGCCACGUCACCCCAUGGCAUGCCACACUGUCAUUGGCUUUCGCGACUCUCACUCACUCUCCACUCAACUACCUUUAUAAACCCCUCUUCCCCUCUCUCAUUCCAAUUCCAAUUCCAUUUCUCAAUCUUCAAUCCUCUUUUCUAUUUCCAUUCCCAAACAUGCACAAUUCACAAAACAAACAAAGGGACCACCACAACAUGUUACUUACCCCUUCCUUCUCUUCCACCCUCCUCGACCAAAUUUACCGUUCCAUCGACACAAAAACCGCCGAAACUAACUUCUACACACACACAACAAUCAGACACACCAGAGCCAACUCCAAAUCCACUCCAACCGACACUAAAUCUUUCACCGCAAAAUCCGACAGGAAAUCGCGCCCUGCUGACGUGGACAUCCUCGACCAAGACGCUCUCUUCUUCAGCUCCACCUCCAUCUCCUCGGAUUCCAGCUUCGGAUUCUCCUCCGACACCGAGUCCCUCUCACGCGCCUCGUGUUUCGCCCCCAGGCCCAGGCCCAGGCCCAGGCCCAAGCCCAGGCCCGUCUCCGCCUCCGCCUCCACAUCCUUCAGGUCCGACAAACACGGAAUGCGCGUGUUCGACGCUUUCUGUCGGAACUCCCACACUUCCGAAGAACAACAACAACAACAACAGCGACACAACGAGGAAGCGCUCAUGAUAAAGUCAAAAUCCAGAGCGUUGAAGAUUUACAACAACCUCAAGAAAGUGAAACAACCCAUUUCUCCAGGUGGCAGAGUCACGAGCUUCCUCAACUCGCUCUUCGCCAACGCCAAAAAAACCACCCCCCGCACGUGCCGCGCCGAAGUCGGCGCUUCUUCUUCUUCUUCUGCCUCCGCCUCUUCUUACUAUUCCGGCACGUGUGAUUCCUCGUCGCGGUCUUGCCUGAGCAAGACCCUAACUUCCGAAAGGGAGGCGCUGCGCGACGGCGUGAAGCGAACGGUGCGUUUUUACCCCGUGAGUGUGAUCGUGGGCGAGGAUAGUCGACCCUGUGGGCACAAACGCUUGGGGGAAGAAAAACAACCUUCUACAGACUUCUUACGCUACACCCACAAGAAGAGGAAUAAUGAUUUGGUUUUCAAGGACUUGUCUUUCAGUGUCCAUGAUGAUGAUGUUGAUGACGACGACGACGACGACGAUGACGAUGACGAUGAUGCUUCGAGUUACGCCAGUUCGGAUCUCUUCGAGCUCGAUCAUUUGGCUGUGUUUGGAAGUGCAAGGUAUUGCGAGGAGCUUCCGGUGUACGAAACGACUCAUGUUAGUACUAACAACGCCAUUGCUAAUGCCCUCAUAGUGUAAUAACUCUCUUCAACAAAAAAAUAUAUAAAUCAUUUUUGAGGUUUUUUCGAUGGUAAAUAAAAUGACUUCAAUCAGAUUUUAUUUUAUUUUAUUGUUUGUGUUCAUGUAUCCUAGAGAUUAGUUUCCAACUCUGAGUCAAUAGUUAGAGGUGUUGGAGUUCGAGACUAAUCUUUAAAGAUAUCCGGAUUUAUUCAGAGUGUAGUAACUUUUUUGUGUGUGAAUACAAGACCAUGUUUGGUUCAGGUAAAAAAGUAAUACCUAGAUUGGUUUUAGGUUUUUAGCUCGACAUGAUUGUGGCUGUGGAUUGGGAAAGGUUAACGUGCACAAAAUUAAUAGCCUUUGAAUUGGUAACAGACAUUAUGGAGGUUGGGAGUACUGUUGUAUAAAACAAAAUCAAUUUAAAGUGUGUAAGUUUAGCUGUUCCACUUUUUAAUUAUGCUUAAUUUUAUGGCGUGGGAGCAGAACUGAUCUAAAAUGAAGCCUGAAGCACAUAGAUCCUCUGUUAUGUAAAAUAAUAAUAUUUUGUUUUUCCUUGUACGUAUGUUGGUACAUGUGUAUAGUGUGUGUAUCAUGUAUUUAAGUGCCGCAAAAUGGGGGAAGAAAAUAAUGAUGGAAAGAAGAGUUUUGUGAAAGCGAAUAGGGUGGUUGGUUUUGCCAAAAGAAAGAGGUGGGGAUUCGUAAAUUCUUGAUCACGAUCCAGCAUUCGGAUUGGAUAAUACUGACAAUAGAGUUUGAUGAAGAAAAGAAAGGAAAGGAAAAGAAAAGAAGAGGGAAAACGAGAGAUUCGAGAUGGUAAUCACAAGCAAGCAAAGCCUAGAGAGAGGUGUGUGAAUGUGAUGGUAAAGGCAAAGGCAGAUCUUCGUCCAUGG